AAUCCUUCCCGCCGAACGAACAACGACGACGCCGAACGACAACCCAGCAAACCGACACCGACCCACCCAGCGACCACCCCCCCUACGACAGUGAGUUCAUAUCUCUCUCCGCGCCCCCCUCGCCCGCCAAAAUACAGAUCGUUGACGAGAAAUUUUUGUUUCGAUAUUUAGACCUACCAAGAUGCCGGAGUCCAACCACAGACUAUACGUUAAGGCUCGCCACCUUUCGUACCAGCGGGGCAAGCGCAACACCAACCCCAGCACCUCUCUCGUCCAGAUUGAGGGUGUCGCGACUCCCAAGGAUGCCACUUUCUACCUUGGAAAGCGGGUUGCUUUCGUCUACAGGGCCAAGACCGAGAGGCAGGGCUCCAAGAUUAGGGUGAUCUGGGGCAAGGUUACUCGGCCACACGGCAACAGCGGUCUCGUCCGUGCCAAGUUCCGCAAGAACCUCCCUCCUGCUUCGUUCGGAGCUACAUUGAGGGUCAUGCUCUACCCUUCGGCCUUGUAAAUGUGGGCUCGUCGGAUAGAUAGGUGUUCGGGAAAAGCAGUUUCACGAUUCUUGUUCUUGUUCUGGGAUUUCAAUCGAGACGGUCUCCUCGUGUUUGUUCAUGUGAUUGCGUGAUAUCGAUUGUACUAUCUGUGAAGCUGCAAUCACCAUCUUCGGCGCCAUGCGCUCAGGC